UCAGCUAGUUUCUCUAAUAUUUCAGUCACAUCAUUUUUACCAUUCUCACUCUGACCUUCAAUAUUAUUCAAGUGAUCCUUUGGAGCUAGUUAGCUAGAAAGAUGCAUAGAUCGGCAAGUUGGAGCAGGGCGGAUGAGUACUAUGCGUCGGCGGCAAAGGGUCCGCCGGGGCUGCGAAUGUCAGUGUCGUUUUUCCAAGGGAGUGACAGUCAGCUGCCGGUUUAUGAUCCACCCAUAGCCGAGUUGGCCAAGAAGGAAAAGGCUCGAGUCAAGUUUGCCGAGAAUGCUGUCCACAUUAUCCCAUUUGUGCUUCUUCUAUGCGCUUUCAUUCUUUGGUUUUUCUCUAAUCCAACAGAAGUAGGUAUGAGGAUGAAGGAUCCAAUAGCAGCAAAGAGUAUUGAAGGACUGACAUUAGAGGGGGAGAUUGAGAACGAUAGCGAUGGCACUCAAACAGGAGUUCUACCGGUUGUCGAUUUGGGACUAGACGUCGACCCAACAAAGCAAACCAAGUAUAAAAGAUAG